UAAUGGCGCAUCCAGCUUGCCUCAAAUCUUGCGCUUUUUGACGCAGGCGAUGAAUAAUGGGAUGCCGAACUUUUUCGCCCCGGUACCGCCCGACUGGGGCCGUGCUCGUAUCCUACUCGAAGCAUUGGCUGUUGUUGGUCCUGGUCUUCUCAGGAGGUUGGAUAGGGUUGAAGAAGGUGGAGGGGGGAAAUGCGCGGUGUGUUGGGCGUAUCUCCGAGAUAAACCGGAUGUGGAUGAUGAAGAGUCCGGAGUGUCCGGCACGGCGCCUCGCGUAGAUGGCCAGCAACAGUCUUCCACUGGAGCAACCGGGACGGCUGGCCGGCCCCACCAAGCUGAGAGACAUCCACCUUUCCCAAUUGACGAAGCGACCGUUCUAAGCUUGCCAUGCACGCAUACUCUACACGCGGCUUGUAUCUAUCCUUGGUUGGGGAAUCACACUACCUGUCCUGUCUGCCGGUUCGAUCUCGAUCCCGACUCACUUACAUUGAGGCGCAAUCGCCCUCGCACUGAUACUCCGGUACCCAAUCCCACCAAUGGAACCGAUGCUCCUGGACUUCCCGGGUUCAUGUUCGAUACUAUGCUGGAGAACUUAUUCGGUGCUGGUCUGGUUGCUCACCCUGAUCAGACACUGGAUAACAAUUCUGCACCAGCUGAGGAAGAUGCCCAGAACUCUGCUGAACCGGGUGAGACAAGAACGACUCGGAGCACGCAUCAAAUCAUGCCUGGGAUGUGGUUGACUGUCGAGAGCGUGCAGCACGUGAUGCCGGUUGGCGCUAUGGGCGCUAUUCAUACCAACUCAGGGAAUCCUGUGGAGCAUCGAGCUGCGCAACCUGAGUCUGAGCCUCGGACUCUUCCAGCUACGAAUAUCCCGGUCACGCAUCCUCCAGUUCAGCCGUCUCCCGCUGUGCACGUGCAUGCGGCUGGCCCUCGAAUGCCGAUUCCGCCUGCGAUGGUUCCAUUCUUGAGAAACCUUUUGGGCCCGGAACAGGGUGAGAUCCCAGGCCCAGAUGGACCGCCCAUAGCCCGUAUAGGUGGUGCAGCCUCCCCAGCGGGUCACUCCAUCAUCAUCGCGGGCCCUGGCAUCCCGGAUCCUGCUGUGCAAGCUCCCCCCUCUACCAGCGCGGCAGCUAGCACACCCACGAGUCGUGCGUCUACGCCCUCUCGUCCCCGGAAGCGCAAGUACACUGCUCCUUCUGGAGCCCAAACCCUGAGGGAGCGGAUCGAGGCGAUGGAAGAGAAGGCGGGGUUGCGCUGCUCUGCUCCAUCCUGCGCGUACGGACCGACGGACGAAGACGAGCUGAAUUUCCUCACGAUGGUGCAGCCUGCAAAGCACGGAAUAUCCAACGACAACUGCAAUCACCACUUCCACGCUACGUGUUUGGUCACUGCAUGUCGCGUGCAAGGUCACGAAGGCAUUUCGUCCGGUGAGGGUAAGGUUGCCGUCACUUGUCCAAUUUGCCGUGGUGAACAUGGUGCUGGCUGGAUUGAUGAAGCCGUAUGGGAAGAAGGAGAAGUAGAAGGCGACGUCUGAGCCUGAUUUUCGUGGUCAAAGUUUGCACUCUUGUUGCGUUACAUGUUUCAGCAAUGGAGAUUCCCAACAUAUGCGACUUCCAGGUGUGUCUCGCCCUCAUUUAUCAUACCAUCUCCAGCAAUACCACCAAUUCACGUAUCCGCUCGGACCAGGGAUAAGUUUGUAGGAAAUACCGGAAUAUGUUGUACUAUAGAAACUGUGAUAGAUUGCG